ACUCAAGAAGGGAACUACCCCACCUGGCCCUGUAGUGCUGGGGGAUGUGGGAGAGGGUGAACAAAGCAGCCUGUGAGUAUGCUCUAGGAGGAAGGAAACAGUGCUUUGGCGCAAAGAAAAGCAGAAGUGUGUCUUGGAAAUUUGGCCCUCCCUUCUUGGGGAGGGCUGAAACCUGGUGUCCAGCUGGGGCCCAGGCAAUUUUAGGUGACGCCUGCCUUCAAGAAAUGACCCAGUGGGACCGGGCUGUGUGGCUGCCUUCAGCUCUGCUGCUUCUCUGGGUCCCAGGAUGCGUGACGCUGAGUGGCCCCAGCACCGUGACAGGCGUUGUGGGGGAAUCUCUGAGCGUGCAGUGUUGCUAUGAGGAACAAUUCAAGGAAAAUGACAAAUACUGGUGCAGAGAACAGCUGGCUCCUAUUGGACCCUGUGACAAGAUUGUGGAGACCAGCGGGUCAGAGAGAGAGAAGACGAAGGGCCGAGUGUCCAUCAGGGACCAUCCUGCCCAGCUCAGCUUCACAGUGACUGUGAAGAACCUCACAGUGAAGGACGGAGGCCAAUACUGGUGUGGCAUCAGUAAAAGAUGGUGGAAAGAUGGAGUUUAUUCGAGAGAUCCCACCUUCCAGGUGGUGAUAUCUGUGUUCCCAGCACCAGCACCAAUGUCAAGCACACCUACAAGUACCACGACUUCCACAGCCACAACCGAAGGCCUGCCUGUGCUGUCCAUGGCGCUGGCCACGGCGAGUACCACCCACAGCCCGAGCAGCCAGGAGAACUCCAACCAGAGCCAGAGCCCAGGGCUUUCACUGCUGCUGUCCUUGCUGGUGGUCCUGCUGCUUCUGUUGGUGGCGUCCUUACUGGUGGUCUGGGGAAUGGUGCGGAAACGGAUAAAAUCUGCUGAGAAUGCAGAGCUGUCCCGGAACCCCAGUCAGUCCCAGCUCCAGCCUUUCGAGCCAAGUGAGUCCUGCUAUGUGAACUUGGAGCUGCAGACGUGCCCCUCAGGGAAAGCCCCAGAGCCGCGGCCUGACAUGGAGGUGGAGUACAGUACAGUGGCAUUCCCCAGGGCAAAGCUUCAUCACAACUCGGGGACAUUUGUGCACCACAGUCAGUAUUCUGAGAUCACCAGUACUUCCCCCAGGAGGCCCCAAGAAGAGACAGAGUACAGUGUGAUAAAGAAGACAUAGGUCUACAUUUCAGACCUCAUCGUCUGGGGGGCUCCUCAGGCCAUGAGAAGCCCAGGGACGGCCCCCCUUAGCCCUCACCAUACUCCCCCUGCCUGCUCCCUUGAUGGUGACCAACAAGGAAGCUGGGCUUCCCAUGGGCUGUCCCUCUUGCAUCGUCAGCCUGACUGGCUUCAUAGGAGAGACCAGCAGGAGUGGGAGCUCUGGAGGAAUGAGGAGGGAACCCUCCCAUCCUGCUAGCUCUAGUUUUCGCAUCUGUUUUUCCUGUCCUUCAUUCCAUCUGUGUAUAUGGAGGACAGGCUCCAAGAAAAGAUGUGACUCACAUAGGCUGGUACCUGCACAUCGCUUUAUAAAUCAUAACUGGUUGACCAGUUGCCGUUGAGUUGACUCCAACUCAUGGCAACUCCAUGUGUGUCAGAGUAGAACUGUGCUCCGUAGGGUUUUCAAUGACUGAUUUUUUGGAAGUAGAUCACCAGACCUUUCUUCCAAGGCACCUCUGGGUGGAGUCAAACCACCGACCUUUCAGUUAGCAGUGAGCAUGUUAACCAUUCCUACCACCCAGGGAUUCCCUUUAUAAAUCAUAACCUCAUAGACAUGUCCAGGAUUGCUUGGGAGGGGAGAGAGCUAGAAGAGGAGCCAGGAAGAUGCAAAAGAAGAGAUUUGUUCACAUACAGAGGGGCCGGGUGGGGGCACUGAAGAUCUUCAUCUACAAACAAGGAAACUCGCCCAUGGUUUCAGAAUCAGUGGCAAGGUCCUCUGGACCCUUAGAUAGAUUUAUUUUUAAUAUAAGAGACAAAAAUAAAUUUUAAAAUGUCUUGUCAAGA